AUGGGUAAAAAAUCGUCGAAAUCUGCUCGUGGUGCCAGAGGUUCUGCGUACUUAUCCUCCGGUCAAGGAGCAAAAGGAACUACAGCUUCAUCUUCAAGUCAAGGAGCGAAACUAACUACAUAUCAAACCUCAAGUAGUCAAGCAACGAACGCAGUUUUAUCAGCAUCCUCAAUACAAGGAGCGAACGCAGCUUCAUCAGCAUCCUCAAGUCAAGGAGCGAAAGCAACUACAUCAACAUCCUCAAGUUACGGUGCGAAAGGAACUAAAGCCUCAUCAUCCGAUCGAGAAGCGGUAGAAACUACAGAUUCAUCCUCAUAUCAGCGAGCGAAUGGAGCUACAGCUUCAUCAUCAGAUUCUGGAGCGGAAAAAAUAUCUACAGCUUCAAACUCAUAUGGAAGAGCGAGAGGAACUCCGCAAUUACAAAAUACAGAAAUGGCUGAUAUAGAGAUUGAGGACCGCGUUGCAGAUGUCACGCGAGAAGCUGCUAACGAACUUCGCGCCCAAUUAAAUGCAAUCAUGACUAAUCUUGAAUUGUUUGAAAUAAAUACAAAGAGCUCGAUUGAUUCAGGCAGCUUAGAUACUUUGAACGAGCUGAACCUGGGAGCGCUUAAGAUUAUGAGGGACCUUGAAUCGGUAGGAAUGGAAGAAAAGGAGGCAAUCGUCUCAGUUGCAGAGGAUGUUAGGCGGGAAUUGGAGGCAAAAAUGAUCAAAAUGAAAGAGGUCAGUGAAAGAGAAAGAAUGGAGGCCAUGCAUGACAUUUAUUCUGCAACGAAAUCCGGUGUACAUGAACUUCAUGCAACAGUGGUAGCUCUGAUGGACCAACUCAAAUCAAUUACGGAAAAAACAAUUACACACACUAUAACAGUGGAUGAAAGGGAGUACGUCAAGGCACGAGACGUCCAACCGAUUAAGAAAACUUCAGUACAGAGUCACCCAGCCACACUGGAAUUGCUCAUGUCCGCAGACCUGUCGAGUGUAGAGCGUGAUGAGAAGGAGCCGUAUCUGACAGGAAUGGACUUUCUGUCAGACGGAAGACUGGUAGCCGUUGAUAACAAAAAUUGCAAAUGUAUCGUACUAAAUGAGCAGCUCAAUGUAUUGGGAACUCCGUAUACAUUCAAGGCAUUUCCCCGCGACGUUGCCAGCUUGACUGAGAAUGAAAUCGCCGUGACUGUGGCUAAUAGUUAUAUUUAUUUCUUGUCCGUAACUACUGGCAGUGACCUCACUCUUAUAAAAACAAUAAAGACUUCAUUCAAUGUAUUUUCUAUAUGCCGGUGGACAUCAGCAAGCAUUGUAGUUGGUACUUAUGAAGAUCCACGUCCAGCAAGAAUUGUAUCAAAGGACGAGGAAGAGACUGAAUUUGAGAAGAUUGGGUUUCAUAGGUACAAACUUGGUGACAGUAAGAGCACAUUUGUAACGGAUUCGAAAACGCUCGUAUUCACGGACAGGUUCGACCACUCCGUGUAUCUAUACGACACUUCGCAUGGCGGGUUUAUAAAGGUACAAGACGAAAACAUACAGCAACCACGUUGUGUGUGUGCCGGGCCUGGUGACACCGUGUUUGUAUGCUCUAGGAACACGAACUCCAUUGUUCAAAUGAAUGUGUUUGGAGAAAUUCUCGGUAAUGUCCAAUUGGAUAUAAAGCACCCAUACUCUGUGGCCAUGAGUAAGGACGCUUCUAAGCUCGCAGUGUCAAAUAGCUUUGAUGGAGCAAGAAAACUUAAGGUGUACAGAUUAUCGUAGUCAUCAAGGCGGUUCAAAGAUGUAUACCUUUGCUGUAACAUUUAUCGCAUGUGCGGGCGUGUUGUUGAAGGGUUUUGAUGAUCUUGGUGUAAGUGUUUUUCUAAAAUUUAGUUUUCGUUUUCGGUUGAUUGAAUUUUUAGGUAUACAUAUUAUUCAAUACAUGUGCCAUAAAGAUUGUGUGUCCCUGUAAAGUUUAAUGAAAUAAGAUUGUUCACUUCAGGUUUCUUCACUAAACCACGCUUAUCAGGACAGUGUGACUUUCUGAUCUGUAACAUAUACGUAUUAAAAUGAAACAUGGCCUACAUCAUUUGCAUUCGGAUAUGAGAAAGUAAACAUAAAAAAGAACAGAAAAAGGACAAUCCAAAUAACACAAUAGAAAGCACUUGGUGUUAUAACCACGUCAUAAACCUUCAUAAUCCCAUACUACUUUCUCGACAGUUAAUUACUUUACGAAACGCUUUGAAAGAGUUAUGCUCAGAACCAGUUAAUGUAGUUAGAGGUAAGUCUGGUCUUUGCGAAACGGACAUUCAUUUGUGAAAGACCACAUUUUAACGCAAAUAAUUUAUAUAAAAUAUUAACAGCAAU